UGCGGCAUAUUGAGCGAGAAAAGGUAAACAAAAAAACGGGGCCCAGACCAUCUGCAAACACUCCCCGCAGUUCUUCCGUCUCCAAGCUUCUGAAUCCAUUGGAGUUUCAGGUUCUUCUUCAUCUACUUUAUUCUGCCGAGUGUGUGUGUUUUCUUCAGCAUCGCCUUCUUCUUUGCUCAAUUCACCACCUUCGUUGUUCAGUGGUUUCGAGCUCAGUUGACUGCAGGACACUGUUCAUUGUUGUCGACUCACCACAUUCCACCAGUACGUAGAAGACACAGUAUUUUAUACUUUUCGUUGCAAUUUUCAAAGCCUUGACUUUCCCAUAUGCUUCUAUCGAGUUCCUGGAUGGCUUCACCCAGCCGCCCAAAUUAUGCAUUAGUUUCGGAUAUUACACGCACACCCUCUCUAUCUUCGCGAAGAAUUAAAGAUUUGAGUUGGUUUGUUGAUUCAAACAUCAUCCCAUGUUAUAGUUUCCCUUCACUGCUAAAAAUGGCCCAGCAACUACAACGGAAGAAUCAGACCCUACACUGCUCUGCAUCACUUCAUUCUAAUGCCACUCUUCCCAGGAAAGAUGAAAUUCCUGUACAUGGAGUUUCUGAAAAGGUUAUUGGUGUACUAGGAGGGGGCCAACUGGGUCGUAUGCUGUGUCAAGCAGCCUCUAAAUUGGCCAUCAAAAUCGCAAUUCUCGACCCACUCGUAAACUGCCCUGCUAGUUCUUUAGCUUACUAUCACAUGGUUGGUAACUUUGAUGAUAGUACCACUGUUCAAAAAUUUGCUAAGAGAUGUGACGUAUUAACAGUUGAAAUUGAACACGUUGAUGUGGCCACGCUAGAGAUUCUUGAGCAGCAAGGAAUUGACUGUCAACCUCGGGCAUCUACCAUCCGUAUAAUUCAGGACAAAUAUCUCCAAAAAGUUCAUUUUUCUCAGCAUGGAAUUCCAUUGCCCGAGUUUAUGCAGAUCGACAAUCUUGAAGGUGCAAAGAAAGCAGGUGACCUAUUUGGUUAUCCUCUCAUGAUUAAGAGCAGAAAAUUAGCUUAUGAUGGACGUGGAAAUGCUGUUGCAAAAAGUGCAGAGGAGCUUUCUUCCGCCAUUUUUGCUCUAGGUGGAUUUGAGCGUGGCUUAUAUGUCGAGAAGUGGGCGCCUUUUGUGAAGGAACUUUCGGUUGUUAUUGCAAGAUGUAGAGAUAACUCUAUGUCAUGCUAUCCUGUUGUUGAAACUAUUCAUAAGGAAAAUAUAUGUCACAUUGUCAAAGCUCCCGCUUGUGUGUCAUGGGAGAUCAAAAACCUCGCAACCGAUGUUGCAUACAAAGCUGUUAGCUCUCUGGAAGGUGCUGGCAUUUUUGCUGUAGAGUUGUUUCUGACAGAAGAUGGCCAGAUUUUACUGAAUGAAGUAGCUCCUAGACCUCAUAAUAGUGGUCAUCACACAAUUGAGUCCUGCAAGACCUCUCAAUUUGAGCAGCAUUUGCGGGCAGUCCUUGGUCUUCCCCUUGGUGAUCCAUCAAUGAUAACUCCAGCUGCUAUUAUGUAUAACAUUCUAGGUGAAGAAGAGGGGGAACCUGGUUUUUAUAUAGCUAAUCAACUGAUGCAAAGGGCGCUGAGUAUAUCUGGAGCUUUUGUUCAUUGGUAUAAUAAACCGGAAAUGAGAAAACAAAGAAAAAUGGGUCACAUUACGAUAGUUGGACGUUCUAUGGGUGCUGUUGAAAAUUUGUUAUCGUCAACGCUUGAUGAAGCUUCUGAAAAGUCUGCAGUUGAGCCUCGUGUUGGAAUCAUAAUGGGCUCUGAUUCGGAUUUUCCGGUUAUGAGAGAUGCUGCAAAGGUCCUUGACACAUUUGGUGUACCUUAUGAGAUAAAGAUAGUUUCUGCACAUCGGACCCCUCAUUGGAUGUUUUCUUAUGCGUCAUCCGCUCAGGAGAGAGGGAUCCAGAUUAUCAUUGCUGGUGCUGGGGGUGCAGCCCAUUUACCAGGUAUGGUUGCCUCUCUUACUCCUUUGCCUGUUAUUGGUGUACCUGUGCGUGCUUCGACAUUGGAUGGGAUUGAUUCACUUCUGUCUAUUGUGCAGAUGCCGAGGGGAGUUCCAGUUGCUACUGUUGCAAUCAAUAACGCAACGAAUGCUGGUUUGCUCGCGGUAAGGAUGCUGGGAGUGGCAGAUGUGGAUCUACUCUCAAGGAUGAGCCAAUUUCAAGAAGACACCAAGAAAAAUGUCUUGAGCAAGGCAGAAAAGUUGGAAAAAGAUGGUUGGGAUCUGCAGUGAAUCCUUUACCCCAAAAUCAUUAAGUCAAAAGAGCAGGGAGAAUUUAGGUUAUCCAUCUCUAUUGUAGAUGUGGAGCUAGUUCUCCAAACUCAUGACACAACCAUACAUUUUCUGCAAUGGAAGGCCUGUUAAGCGGCAGGAGUGUAUUGGAGAAGUGAUAAAUAAGGAAAAUAAAUCAGAUACCGGAAUGAUCCGAAUGGCCUGUUUCUAA